CAGCAGGUGAUGUUAAGGACCAGGGCAUUUUGGCAGUUGCAGUUUAUCCAUCAACCUGACUCAAUACUGAAUAUGGGGAACUGCAUUCAAGGUGUGAAGGACUUCUUCUGUCGGCCAAAGAACACUAAUGUUCGAGUGAGCCUCCCCAUGGUGUGCUUUGUCUGGCAGAUUGCUAUGAUCAUUCUGUUUGGCGUCUUUAUCCGCUACGAUGAGGAGUCUGACACUCACUGGAGUGAACACAGGAAAUCACACAACAUAUCAAGUGAUAUAGAGAAUGACUUUUACUUCAGGUACCCAAGCUUCCAGGACGUGCACGUGAUGAUCUUCGUGGGUUUUGGCUUCCUCAUGACCUUUCUGAAGAAGUACAGCUUCGGUGCCGUGGGUUUCAACUUCCUCAUCGCCGCCUUCGGCAUUCAGUGGGCUCUGCUGAUGCAGGGCUGGUUCCACUCCCUGGACCACACGGACGGGAAGAUCAAAAUCGGCGUUGAAAGCCUCAUCAACGCAGACUUCUGUGUGGCCGGUUGUCUGAUUGCAUAUGGCGCAGUUCUGGGGAAGGUCAGCCCGGUCCAGCUACUAGUGAUGACACUCUUUGGUGUGACGCUCUUUGCAGUGGAGGAGUUCAUCAUUCUCACCGUCAUUCAUGCCAGAGAUGCCGGUGGCUCCAUGGUGAUCCAUACUUUUGGAGGUUAUUAUGGUCUAGCCAUCUCUUGGGUUCUCUAUCGCCCUCAUUUGGACCAGAGCAAACGUCUGCAAGGGUCUGUGUACCAUUCGGACGUAUUCGCUAUGAUUGGCACGCUCUUCCUUUGGAUGUUCUGGCCCAGUUUCAACUCAGCAAUCACAGACCAUGGUGAUGGGCAGCACCGGGCAGCCAUUAACACCUACCUCGCCUUGGCAUCUACUGUCCUGACCACCGUAGCCAUCUCCAGUGUUUUCCAGAAGAAAGGCAAACUGGAUAUGGUGCACAUACAGAACGCCACCCUGGCGGGUGGUGUAGCUGUGGGAACCGCUGCUGAGUUUCUGUUGACACCCUAUGGCUCCCUGAUUGUGGGUUUCUGCUGUGGCAUUCUGUCUACUUUUGGCUACCUCUACAUCUCGCCGUUCAUGGAGAAAAGAAUGAAGAUUCAGGACACCUGCGGCGUACAUAACCUGCAUGCCAUGCCAGGAGUGAUUGGUGGCAUCGUUGGGGCCAUUACUGCAGCAGCUGCCUCAGAGUCCACAUACGGACAUGAGGGAUUAAUCAAUACCUUCGACUUUGAGGGGGAUUUUAAAGAUCGGACCCCCAAUAUUCAGGGUGGCCACCAGGCAGCCGGGAUUUGUGUGGCCAUCGUUUUUGGAAUUGGAGGAGGAGUAUUAGUCGGUAUCAUCCUGAGGCUGCCAAUCUGGGGGGACCCUGCAGAUGACAACUGCUUCGAUGAUGAAGUGUACUGGGAGCUGCCUGAAGAUGAGGAGAGCAUUCCCCCAAUUCUGGAAUACAACAACCACAUGAGCAACAAGCAGCAGGAAAUGUCUGAAUCCAACUUCUCUGUGGAGCAGAGCUAGUGCUGCAGCCUGACGCUCUGCAGGACUACAGACCAGUGCCUCAGCUCUUCCAUAGCAACAGCCAUUAAUGAAGAUGCCCUUCUGGAAGCGGGGGAAUGCACUUGGCCAGAGUGACCUGCGAGAGACUGCUCCUAUACUUAUUACAUUAAUGUAAGCCAUCAGCAAUUAGGGAAAUGUCAGAGACUCAGACUCCAAAAGUCCAGAAGGUGAUACCUGUUAGUAUGAUGCUAUUUCUUUGACAGUGUGUAUUAUAUUCGUAAAGAAUAAUUCUGUAUUGAUUACAAAUGUAGCUUAACUAGAUUUCAUGACUAAAUUUCAUGUCUUAACUAGAUUGAUAUGGCAUUUCAUUUAAAUAAUUUUUAUGAUGUAUA